AUGCUCAGGCUACAGACUAUCAUUUGCACUUUUUCUGUGCUGUCUGUUGCAGCGAAGGCAGAUUUUAAAGCACGUAAUUGCAGCGAGGUGCGGGAGGCUUGUAUCGGCAAGGGCUUCAGUUUCGCACAUGUUCCUCUUCAGGAGAUCCCAGGUGAACAUCUUCGAGUAUGUCCUCAAGGAAACACUUGUUGCACCUCAGAAAUGGAGGACAAAUUUGGCCAGCAGAGUAAACAGGAGUUCGAGAAUUUGGUGGAUGAAAUGAGUCAUGUAUUAAGAAGCACCUUUGUUUCCAGACAUAAGCGCUUUGAUGAAUUCUUCCUGGAGCUACUGGAGAAUACCGAGAGGUCUCUGAAUGAGAUGUUUGUGAGGACUUAUGGAAAGCCUUACAUGCAGAACUCGGAGGUCUUUGAGAAUCUGUUUGCCGAGCUGAAGCGCUACUACACAGGAGGAAACGUUAACCUGGAGGAAAUGCUUAAUGACUUUUGGUCGAGGUUGUUGGAGCGUAUGUUCACGCUGCUCAACUCCCAGUAUGUCAUCACUGAGGACUAUCUGGACUGUAUCAGUAAGUACACCGACGAGCUCAAGCCCUUUGGAGACGUGCCCAGGAAGCUCAAGGCUCAGGUUACCCGGGCAUUCAUCGCUGCACGCACAUUUGUCCAAGGGCUCUCUGUUGGCCGGGAGGUGGCUCAGAGAGUGUCUAAGGUAAGCAGCACUCCGUCAUGUAUCCGAGCCCUGACAAAGAUGCUCUACUGCCCCUUUUGUCGGGGCAUGCCAUCAGUUAAACCCUGUAAGAACUACUGCCUGAAUGUCAUGAAGGGCUGUCUGGCAAACCAAGCGGAUCUGGAUCCUGAAUGGAAUCAGUACAUCGAUGCCAUGCUGCUGGUCGCACAGAGACUGGAGGGACCUUUCAACAUUGAAUCUGUCAUGGAGCCUAUUGAUGUCAAGAUUUCAGAGGCAAUCAUGAAUAUGCAAGAUAACAGUGCCCAGGUUUCCUACAGGGUUUUUCAAGGUUGUGGCCAGCCAAAACCCUCAGGAAUGAGUAGGUCUACACGUGGUGUUUCGGAUGUGUUCAACGCCCGCUUCAGGCCAUACAGCCCAGAGGAGCGGCCUACCACUGCAGCUGGCACAAGCCUAGAUAGACUGAGGAUUGUUUGGAACGCGAUGCAACACAGUGUGGCUGACAUAAAAGAGAAACUAAAGCUGUCCAAGAAAUUUUGGUCCGGUCUGCCUGAAGUGAUGUGUGUCGAGGACAGAGUGACCGCUGGAAAUGCCAGUGAUGAGGAUUGCUGGAACGGGCAUACCAAGGGCAGGUACUUCCCUGAGGUCCAAAAGGAUGGGCUGACCAACCAGGUCAAUAACCCUGAGGUGGCCGUCGACAUCACCCGUCCAGACACUUUCAUCCGUCAGCAGAUCAUGGCUUUGAGAGUGAUGACCAACAAAUUGAAAAAUGCCUACAAUGGCAAUGAUAUCUAUUUUCAAGACUCAAGUGAUGAAGGCAGUGGUUCAGGCAGCGGCAGCGGCUGCACAGAGGUCUGCCCCACGGACACAGACGGUGCUGCCACUGAAGCCCCGGUGGUGGAAGCCGACCGGAGCGGGCCCGUGGGUGACUCUGCCCCACGCUCUGCACCCCAUGUAGCCCUGCCAACCAUGCUGGCCCUCUCAGCCCUGGCACUCCACCGACAAUGGAGAUAAUGCUAGAGGAACUGGCUUAACAUGGACAGCAGGUUUUUUUUGUUUUUUUUUUUCUUUUUGCAGUUUUUGUAUUCAGGCAGAUUGGAGCUACAGUCAAGCAGACAGUAUUCAGGCUGCCGGCCUCGAGGCUAAAGGAGUCUGCUCUGAAAAGGAGAGCAGUCAUGCAUCAUGAUUUCCCAGUUUCCCAAAGAUCGUGCAGUGCCAUAAUUUAUAUUUUAUGGCAUCACUUCAUCAUCUAACACUGAUGCCGACCUAACAAACUCUGCUUCAGAGAUUGAACAGAAAGUAUUUCUUGCACUUAGCGCAGGUAUUAUUGUAGGUCUCCAUGUGGAAAAUUUGAACACGCACUUUGAUUUUUUUUUUAAUGCAAAAAUGGUUUGUGUGUUGUUGAGAAUGUGGUUAUUUGAUGCACCUAAAUGAGGCACAAUACGUUUACAAUAUGUUUUAAUAUUAUAUUUUAAAACAAAUACAAAUGGUAAAGAUCUAAAUACAGAAAAUACAGGAUCAUAUGGGUUCCACUUACACCUUACAAUGUCUUUAUACCAUUGUUAUUAAAUCAUGUGCCAAUUAUUGAUUUUUGAUGAGAAGUGAUUCCAUAUUCUCCCAAACUUGUCAUGUUUGUUUCUAGAUCAUAUGCAGUCACUGAAUCAUGUUGCUUUGUAUCCUUGACAUUUCCCUGGUCGAAGAAUGUAGGUGUAGUCUGGGUUGGUCGUGAUCUACUCUGCUCAUAGCUGAAACAGUUCAGCACCCACCUUGUGCUCAUGUCUUAAAACUCAAACUAGGUUAAAAACUAUUAAAAACAUUUUACAUAUUUUUAUAUGCUCAUUUGCCUUGCAACAAAUUCACUAUCUGCAGAACAUUCUCAUAUCAUGCUGGUCACACAAACUUGGCUUCAGGAGUAGACAGCCUGGACAUAAUUAUUAUGGAGCAGCUAAUGUUAUGAAGAGGAGGUGCCACUAGUGUUCAGCAGUGCCAUCGUAGUGAUGCUGGUUCUGUGGUGUAGCGUUGUGCAUGUUCUGACAUGAAAGCUAUCAAUUUACAUUACAGAGCAAAAACACAUUCUAAUCCUUAGUACUUAUGAUAAAAAACAUACUAUCUCCUUUUCUUCGUCAAGAGUUUAUUUCCAUUCAACCUUUCUACAGAACCGAUGCAUAUCCUUAAAUUUUAAAAUAUUGGUAAAAAGAAAAAUUACAUCCAUCGAAUAAGGAGUACUGCAUUGCACAAAUUAACCGUUUAUGUUAAAAAUGCUUAAAUGGUUCUUGGAUAUGGAAAACCAUAUUACAUUAAGUGUAAAAGGACAUGCACAUCGCACUUGAAAAUCACAUCUAUUCAAUACAGAAUCACCAUCACUGAAGGAAGUCAUGUGCCGCUGUAGCCCCGAAAUUGAACUUCAGUAAUUCCGGCCC